CAGACGCUACCAUGGGCCUGGACAAACGCACUAUUAAGAUCAUUGUGGUCGUGGUUGCGGUCCUUCUGGUCCUGGGUACCGUCCUAGGAGUACUUUUGGCUAUUUUCCUACCAUACAGAUACGUGGAAUUGGAAGUAUGGCCACGUUCUGACGAGUACAACUACUACGAGCCCUUGAUUCACUUUCGAGCGAGUGAUCCUGGCAGCUGGCAUAUCUGGUAUACACGCAUCAAUGACUUUCUUCGUGACUAUGAGACCACAGUCCCAGAAGAGCCGCCCCGAGCUCCGUGCUCUAUACAUCGCCACGACCAGCGGCUCGUUGUGCCGAACUGUGAACGUACACUCAACAUGUGGGCACCCUGUAAUGCUGAUAACUUCUAUGGCUAUGCGGCUGGGAAACCAUGUGUUUUCUUGAGAUUGAACCAUAUUCACUAUUGGGUACCUGAACCUUAUAAUGUCUCUAAACCACUAGGCAUUCCUCCAGAAAUGCCGAACAACAUCAAGCAAUUUAUGCAACAACGACCAGCGCACCACUACGGGGACUUCAUAUGGGUAUCCUGCAAUGGCGAGUUCACCUCAGACGAAGAGAACGUUGGCCCAAUCCAGUACAUCCCUGCCAACCUACCACCCGGCUUCCCGACCAGCCGACUGAAUACCGCUGACCGCAUACCCUACUCCACGAGAAAGCUGCCUGAUCAGACUCAUGGACCGUUGGUUGCUGUCUUCUUUGAGAACCCACGGCGUGGCGUCGUAAUCAAUGUGGAAUGCCGGAUUUGGACACGGGAUAUCGUUUACAGCAGCUCCAGCCGCGUGGGUCGCGCACGUUUUGAACUUUACAUUGAAUAAAUAAUACAAAAUAUAUAAUUAUAUAUUACUCUAAAGCUAUUUUGCAUGCUUGGUGGAUGUAUCAGUGUGACGCGAAUAUGUUGAGUGAGGCGUGCUACACAAUUCAAAAUUGAGCGGGAAAAGGCAAAAGACGAUUAAAAAAAAACCUGUAACUUUUUUUUAAUGUCGCAACAUUAAAAAAAGUUAUAGGUUUUUUUAAGAGGCUAACACACUCUAACACAUUACACACCUUUCCUUUUAUGUGAAUAAUUGUGAAAUAAGAUAAACAUUAUGACGUGUAGUACGCCUGUUAAGUUGAGUCAAAUUACC